AUGUUUGAAGUAAGGUUGGACCCAGAUCUGCAAAGCCGGGGAAUAUUUCACGGCUAUUUGCCGCUUACAGAUGUUGAGAAAAUCCUUAAGGCAGAGGGCGACUACCUACUUCGAGUGACUGACUAUCAGGGCAAGCUAAUUUGUGUUUUAUCUAUUUACUACAAAGGCAAAGUGAAUACAGUUUGUGUGAAUCGCAAGAAUAAGAUGUACUGUUUCAAUGAUAACCAUAAAGAUAAUCGUAUAUGUCAACUAUUGGAUUGGCAUCAGAAGACGAAAACACCAAUAACCGAAAAAGGAAUUAUCUUGAAGAAUCCUGUUACUGUUGAAUCAUGGAAUAUGGUGCCGAAUAACGUUGACCUACUACUUGGAGAUGUUUACAAUUGCUAUCGAAUGAAAGCUUACGAAGUGGUGAUUAAUAAAGAAAAGCAAAAAAUCCACGCUGCAGCACUAUUACUUACAAGCAAACAGCUACAGAUAGAAAGCAAGAAACAGUUCUUAGCUGAGGGUCGAGUACUCAGAGCAUUAUCACAUCCAAAUAUCUUACAAUUUUAUGGCAUGAUUACCAGUGCCCUCCCAUUCACAAUGUUUGUUGGCCUUUGUCAAAUAAACUUACAAGCGCUUUUGCAAAAAAACAAUGUUCAGAAGGAACAGAAAGUACGCUUUGCAAUUGAAGCAGCUUCUGCACUGAAAUAUAUCGCUGAUAAAGGAUAUGUACACAAGAAUGUUCAAGCUGCAAGCUGCUUGAUUGAUCGAAGCAUGACACUGAAGAUGGCAAAUCUUUGUUUCGCAGGAUCUGACCAAUGUCCACCAUUUAUUCACCAGGAAAACCUUGAAGCGAUCCAAGCAGGAUGGUUAGCACCAGAAACCAUGCUCAAGCAUAUAUUUUCCAAAGAAUCAGAUAUAUGGGCUUUUGGUGUACUUUUAUGGGAAAUUUACGAAAACGGAGAGAUACCAUAUCGCGGUCUUACGAACAUGGAAAUUCGAUCUUAUGUCAUUCACAGCCAGAAUCGAUUGGAUAUUCCGAAAAACGCACCACCAAAAGUGAAGAGGUUAAUUGCACAGUGUUGGGAAGAAAACCCAUCGCGCAGGCCAACCGUUCAUGAACUGAAGAAUACAAUCCAAGGAAUAGAGCCCAACGAACUAUAA